AUGGUAUCCCCUUGCUGGCGGACAUGCGCACAUCAACGACGUUUUGCGCCGAUUCUGAUGGAGUUUCAAGGUCCACGCCGCCGGCAGGCAUACGUCCCUGCCCUACUGGAACACUACCAGGACAGUGUUGGACCACUGUCUUGCGCGGGGAAGAACCUUGACGCGCCGUCCGCGGCGCUUUUGAUGGCACUCCGGAGGGUCUGCGCUGCCGGCAGGCAAACGUCCCGCCCUACUUGCAACGCAGCCGGGACAGUCUUUGCUCAUCUUCCUCCUUUCCGCCUUGCUUCCGCCUCCUGCCCAGUCACUCCUUCAUCUCGCCCACCAAUCAACUCCGUCCUUGUUACCUUCACCCUUGUCUCUUCUGUUCUCACCCAUGGCUGGAUCGGUUCUGUUAGCGUUAGCGUGGGCGGCGCCAAGAAGCUCUUCAAAGGCAACGAGCCCACCGAGGAGCUGCCCAACGCUGCCUCCAGUGCCAUCCGCCAACAACCUCCCUGUUACCAAGUGGCCACCGUCGCUGCCGGUAGCAAGCUCGAUGUGUUCUGGCAGACGCUCACGGGCUCCGGCUUCUGGUUCCAUGAUGUUGGUCCCAUGAUGGCCUAUAUGGCGGACUGUGGCGGCAAUUGUGCUCAAUUUGACGCCAGCAAGGCCAAGUGGUUCAAAAUACAAGAACAGGGCAUGGAUGCGAGCGGUAAAUGGGCUCAGGCAAACCUUGACAAUGGCUCUCCAGCGACCGUAACCAUUCCGGCGAACCUCAAGGCGGGCAAUUAUCUCCUCCGACACGAAAUCAUCGCCCUCCACACUGCGCAGUCUCAAGGCGGUGCAGAGUUUUACCCUGGCUGUGUGCAGCUCAGUGUCACUGGCGCAGGCAAGGGUGUGCCAAGCGACAGCGAGACCGUCAAGCUUCCUAGCGCAUACAAACCGACUGACGCUGGGAUCCUCAUUGACGUCUAUAACAUGAAGGGCGCCUACAAAUUUCCAGGCCCAGCCGUGGCCUCUUUCAUUGGUGGUGGAUCUCCGGCCCCAGCACAGGGUGGCUCUGAUGAUAACACUACCGAGAAGCCGUCCUCCCCCGCCACCACAAAGAAGAGCACUUCCCCUCCUGCAAGCUCUACCACCAAGAAAGCUUCGUCUCCGGCUUCCUCUACCACGAGUGUCGCAUCCGCGGUACCGACGAAAUCUGGCUCAGCUUCCUGUCGGGCGAAACGUUCCCACCACCGCCGUCAAGAGGUUGUCGAUGUCCGCGAGGAAGUCCGUCGUUCCCGGGUUCGCCACAUGCAUCGGGCUGGCGUUGCCCGUUCCUUCUGA